AUGUCUAUAGAAGCUUUGAAGGGAAUCAGUACCAUCAAAGGAGAUGUGUAAGUUGUACUAGUAUUUCAAAAUAUGUGUGUAACUGGAAAGUUCACAUAUUUGUACAGUCAUCACUGCAUGUGUUUGCAUCUCUAACUUCUAAUAUGUUUUGAUAGUUUAAAUGAUUUAUAUCACCAACAGAUGGUCCUUCGGUGUCGUUCUUUGGGAAAUUGUUACACUUGGUAAGUUCCAAUAAGUAAUGAUUUCUUGAACUUGAAAGGAUAUAAGAUUUCCCUGAACAGAAAAAAACAGCAUUUUUUACCUGCUUAACAUAAUUCUAAUGCUACUUGUCUUUCGAAGACAUCUCAAAGUAGAAUAUUAUUAUAAACGAUAUUAGCUGCUUCACUUAAAAACUCCGUGCUGACGACCUUAGUCGUCUCAAGAAAGUGUUCAGGCGAUUGAGGCGAUUUAUGAAAUGGUAGACAUUAAUACGGACUUUUGGGCGAUGGAUAGAACUCAAACAACCCGCUCAACUACCUCAACCGAAAGACUAGUAAAAUAACGGUUACCAGGAGCCCAAAAACCGGAGCGUCUAACUUCCAUACUUCGCCUAUGCAACGGCGUUUUCACAAGUAGGUUUAUUUUUGGAUAAGCUUUUCCCGCAAUUGCUUUCGAAAAGCCAGUCACAAGCAAGUGCGUUAUCAAUAAUGAACUUUUAAUAACCAGGACAACCCCUUCACAUUGAAAAAAAAGCAUGGCGGACGCACGUGAGGAAUCUUCAGAGGAUUCUUCUGACCGUACUUCAAGCGACAAUUUCAGUAUUUACACGGAAACUAGCAGUUCAGAGGAAGAUCUGCAAAACGUAGAAGAGCCCGGGACGUCUACUUCAUCAACAAUAACGCAUAAUUCACACAAAAGGAAAUCGAAAUCAUCUUCGAAACAGCCGACUGUGAAAAGGUCCUAGCGACAACAGUCAUUUUUCGCGGGAAACGCUUAUCUAAAAAUAAGCUCACUUGUAAAAACGCCGUUGCACGAAUUUGUGGCAGUUGCACGCUCCGGGUUAUGGGCUCCUGCGGUUACCCAGGUUUUCAUGUUUGCUUUUCAUUUCAAAAACCCAGGUAAGCCUGGUUCAACCAGGGUUGAACAAGCUUGCCAGGCUUUAAACUAGAAUCGUGAUACAAGAAGAAGAUCAUAUUUAGAUUGGGUUUUGUUUGUCUCAUUAUUCGUCCAAAUUCGUCAGGGGUGAUUGAGACGAUUCUGACAGCUACUUGGAAAGGGAUAUAUCAACAAGAUAAUAACCCUCCGAAACCUGUCCUUUAUAGGAGAGCUGCCUUACAGGGGAGUAACUGGAUUGGUGGAGCUUCAUGAAUUGCUGUUAGAGGGCGCUCGAUUGGAGAAACCCGCUCAUUGUUCUGAAGAAUUGUAAGUUUUAUAUUGACACACAUGGUAACAUAUUUCACAAGGUCUGCAAACCAUUCUAGAGUUUCUGUAGCUUGCAAUGUAAUCGGAAACCAAAUAUCUUGAGGUCAAAUCAUCGGCUGUGCAAGUCAAUAUCAGAACGUAAAGAAAUCGUUUGUUGCAUUUGUCUCCUAUAUCGUUUCCCGCCGCUUGGCUGGACAUUUAAACAAGAAAGACUGUUCAGAUAAUUACGUUUGAAAGUUCAGUACUGGGUGCAAGUUUCAAAUUUGAAUUAAUUUGGGGUUAUUUUGUUGUUUCUCUAGAUCAAUUAAAUUGAAAUUUCUAGUUUUGCUGCGAAUUCGCACCAAACUUGUCUGCUACUUGACUGCUUUUUGAUACAUUUAAAGCGUUUACAUUGGAUCUUUGUGACCUUAAAAAUACGACCUCUGUGUUGUUCGUAAAAAAAUGCUGAAAAAAAAAGGAAAACUAGGUGACCAAUCCGAGCUCCUGAUCUGAUAAAUUUACGUCAUCAGUAUGGAAUACCGUAAAAAUCCGAAAAUAAGCCCCGGGGAUAAUAUUUUUCAAAGGCCGUUUUUGAGGGGCCUAUUUUUGGAGGGGCUUAUAUCAGGAGGGGCAUUUGCGUUUCAAAAUCGAUUGGGCUAGCCUUACAGUUGGAAGGAAAGUUACCGUUUUUGCUUUGUUUUACUUUGUAUUAGUGGGCAAUUUCCAAGUACACGCCCCCGGGGGGCUUAUAUUUGGAGGGGCGAUUUAACGGAGGGUUUUUUGUUUUAUGAGUUCGAGGGGCUCAUAUUUGGAGGGGCUUAUAUACGGAAUUUUAAGGUAUGUAGGGGAGCGUUCACAAAAACUUGUUGGAGGGAACUCUCAUAAGAAAUUGGGAGAGACCGAAAAAAUUUGAAAUGUUGAAAAGGGGGUGUUUGAAAAAUAUAAUCACCCUCAAGAGAGGUACCUAAAAAACUAUAAAGAAAAAGACAAAUAGCGAGUACCUCGUCUGCUCAUAGAGGAGUCAAGAGAAGGCGAUUACUUAGAUGUCUUCAGUACUUCAACUACUAUUGAGGACAGCAAGAAGACAGAACUUACUAGUUAAUUAAUUGUGUGUCAUUAGAUUUACUGGUAGAGUCUGUAAAGCAGUGUGAAGAACUGAAAUUGCUGAGUGAGAUGAGGGCUCGCAAAAAAGAAAACAGGACAGGGAAGAAAAGGAUAUGAAAGUGUAUGAUAACCAUGACUGGUCUGAUCUUAUACAGUCAGUGACUUUGAAAAGAGCUGAGUAACUAUAAAAAGACUGGAUAAGUACAUGGACUAUCGCCAAAUCCUUCUUAAGCACUUGACAAAGAGUUGCGAUGAAUAAUACAUAACUCUGUAGCGGUGAAGAAACGUGGACGACAGAGUAAAAAAGGUGGCGAUAAGGGGGAGCUAAGGGGGAAAAUACUGUCUUAAAUGAAACUGGGAAAGAAGAGAAGCAAACUUCUCUAACUGUACUAGGUCGGGAAGGAGGAUUUUGAGAAACAAGAGGGGAACAGAAAGUGCCUGGCUGUGCUGCUAAUGCCAGAACUAAUAAGGUUUUAUUUUUUUGCAACUCAGACGUCAUUCUGGUGAAACUGUCUAGCGGCGAGGAGUAAUGAGAGAUGCAUUUAUUUUAAUAUAUAUGGGAUUACAAUGAUGAUCAUCCUGUCAAACUAAGAUACUGUACUGUUUCUUGCGUUUUUCUGUAGUUACGACGUCAUGCUCAAGUGUUGGCAGCACUCCCCCGAUAAUCGUCCUUCUUUUGAAGAACUUUCUGUAAUUCUUCGUCAAAUACUCGAAGAGCAGGAGGUAAGGAUUUACAGAUAAUAACUCCCUGUAAGUAAAGGGUAGAUAUGUGCAGUUGUUAAAAACGAUCCCGGAAGCUUAUAAUUACACUGUAAGAGUGAAUUCAGCUGAUCCGAUUUUGUUUUGCGACCACACAGAAGGUUGCAUUGGUACAAAUCCUGUUGAGUUUUAGACCUGUAAAUACGCCUAGAAUACUGUGUAUAGACAGAAAGCGCCGACUAUUGCGUAUUCAGUUUGUUGAAUAAAGUCAAUAAUCUGAUUAAUAAGUUAAUUAUAUAAGAACGUAAAGCUGAAACAGAGUGGCUAACCGUUGUAGGGUAUAAUUGAUGAAGUACUUUUUCUUACCUAAAAAAUAACUUCAUUAAUUAAGCGAAUUUCAAGGAGACUCUAUGAAUAAACUCUUCCAAUUGGUAGUGUUUUCGCAUAAAGGCUCUAUGUCGGGUACCACUGAGAAAAUACACAAAAGGUAAUGGGCAAAAUUCUGGUGGCAGGGAAGCGCUUAAAUCUAGGGGUAAGGGGCCGGGAGAGAAGCCCUCCUGGGGGAAGACAAGAUCGAGUGGUACCGGGGGUAGCCACCCUGGACAGGAGUCCUGAUCAAUCUUCGGGGGUGAGGCCCAUAUCCCCCAGUCACAAGGAACUAAGGGGAACCAGGAGGGGUGGCCCUCCUGGGUGGAGUGCAGAUCAGGUGGAACCGGGGGUCCACACCCUGGAGUGAAUAUUUUUCUGGACCUGCCUCCAAGGGCUAAGCCUUACUGUGGGGUAAAGUGCAGCCACGGGUUGCACUUCCCUGCCACUCCUUUUAUUGGGAAGCAAGACAGCAGUUCCACAUCCCCGGAACCUAAUGAAGGAAUGAGACCUUGUCAAGUAUAACGCCAUAAUAUAAAUGAUUAAUCUUAAGGAUACCUAUAGAUAUAGGGGAAUAAAAUAAUGAUCUGCUUGAAACACGUUCUGGUCCGUCGUGCUAAAUAUGUAGUCAACAUAAGCAUUAAUCGGAGAGCUAAACAAAGGUUCCAGUCAGAACAAAGGGUGGGUGGGAGGGAAAAAACGCUGUUGUGAAUGAACCGAAGCACUAAGAGAACUGACUGGGAAAGGACAGUGUACGGCAAAAAGAGGAGCACAUGUGGAUGAUGAGCAUGUGAUAAUAUGAAUGGAACCUUUGUGGAGUCUAGUAAUGUAUCAUGCUAAGUUACAGUGGACUUUGCCAAAGAAGAAGGAUACAUUGUAAUCAAACAACUAGUUAGUGUUCAUUGUUCUUUCUUGUACUUUGAACUACUAAAGACCAGCUCCCCAAAAAACGCCUGCGUGGGAGGCGAGUGUCGGUAUUAAGCAAACUCGAUCUCAGAAAAAAUGUCACCGGCACAAUUUUUGUCGAUAUAAAGAUACAAAGGAGCAAUAUCUGUAAGAAAGAAGGCUAAGCAAAUGAAACUCGAAUGAUAGAAGAACAAUCAAAUUAUAAGGGUUAAACACCGGGACCGAGUUGUUCAAAGCUGGGUUAAGGUAACCCAGGGUUAGUGCGAGAUUCGAAUUUAGAUUUGAAAGUUUAAAAAGCAUUUCAGUUUUAAUUCUUUUUGUCUGCAAGUUGAUGAUUGAAAGCUCUAAAUAGAACAGAGAAAAUAAUCCGAGAAAAUGCUUUUGAACACAAGAAAGAGAAGCGCGGGUUUAAUUUAACCCCGGGUUAAGCGCUAAUCGACCUUCAAACAACUGAGCCGGAAGCAGGGACUGAAAAAAUCAAACACGUCAUGUUAUUUCGUGUUAACCCAUAGAAUAUUUCUUUUUUCAUUGAGUCGCGACGGACAGAGAUGAGAGAGUGUAUUAAACAUUAUCCCUUACUCUAGGUGGUUCGAACCGGCGCGAGUGGGCGGAACUAUUUGCCACGGCCUGCUUAAGCGUUAACGUUAAAAUGGUUUCUCACAUUCAUUAAUAAUUCGCCCCGUGUAAGGGAAUCCAAGACAGUAUUGGAUUCUGGAUUCCACGCCGUGGAUUCUGGAUUCCAGGUACAGGAUUUCAGUCUUUGUCGGAGGAACUUGGAUUCUGAAUUCCAAUCAUCGUUAGUGGGAUUCGGGAUUUCUUGAGCUGUAUUCGAGAUUCCAAAGCCCAGGAUCCCGGAUUCCAUAAACAAAAAUUUCCCUGAUUCCGGAUUCCACAAGCAACAAAUUUCCCGGAUUUCGGAAUCCAGAUUCCCUUAAAUGGGGCGAAAUAGUUCAUAAAGAAAAUACAAAGUAAAUUAAUGUUUAAUGAGUGUUUAGGAAUCAGAUGAAAAACUGCUAAUUUUUGCAUCCUUAAUUUCUCCUUCUAAAAUCAUUUUGUUUGAGAAGUAAAAUCAAGCGUUCGAUACAGUGUUUCAUCACCAGAUGAAACACCUCAAAGUUCGUCAAAAAUACUCUACCGCGCUUCUUGUUUCAGUGUUUUAUCUGGUGAUAAAACACUGCGUCUCAUGCUUGAUAUAUUACUUGACAUAUUCUUCUAUCUAUUUAAUCCCUUUUUGGCAGAGAACGUACAUCAAUAUUACCUUGGCCGAUGAACAUGGAACAGGACCAUUUGACACAAGACUUUAAUCUCCCCUGUCAUAUAUGCUGAAGAGGCCCUCAGGGGUAGCCUGACAAACCAGCGUACCCCGCCGUAGGACGGUAAUACGUCAAUAUCCAUGGUUGUUCAAGACAUGUUAUGACAUAGAUCAUGAAGCUGUACAUUCUGUGCCACAUAUUUUAGUGCAAUAUAAACGUGUACAUUUGUAAUAUAAUUUUCACAUUACUCUAAUGUGCUUUCUAAUUUAAGAACGACUGUUCGACAAAUCAGGCUACUCCUGAAGUGCCAGCUUAUCCUGCAAUUUUUGAGGACGCUUGAUUAUGACAUGUUAUGACAGAUCAUCAAAUAGUACAUUCUAUGCUACCAUAGUAGAGGAGACUGGUUAGGAAACCCGGAAAAAAUCAAAGUUGAAAACAAUGGUGCCGUAGUUUAUGUUGGAAGUUCCCUGACCGUGCACAAUCCUUCGUUUUUUGUUCACAAAUUGUGACUGAAUAAAUUAAUGCGAUGUUUCUAUUGGUAGGUAAGUUCAAAAUGAUAGGAAUGCUAUUGAACGUUGUGCACGGUCAGGUCCAAAAAAAUGUUAACAAAAACAAAUAACAAAGGAGUCUAACGAGUUUCCCAACCAUUCCACUUUAAUAACUAUAGUGCCACAUAUUUUAGUACAAUAGAAACGUUUGCAUCUGCGAGCCUCUGCGUUUGAUCAUAGUUAAUUAAAGUGCAAUGGUUGGGAAACCUUUUAUUAUAGGUUUUUGUUAGCUUAAUUUUUUGUACCUGACCGUGCACAACGAAAACAAGACGAUUGCGCACGGUCAGGGAGAUUCCAACAUAACCUACAGCACCAUAAAUGUUUUCAACUUUGAUGUUUGCCGGGUUUCCUAACCAGUUUCCUCUUCUAACUAUAGUUUGAUUUGUAAACUUUUUUCCAUAUAUUAAUAUAAAUGCAAAUUUAGGAACGCCUGUACGACAAAUGACAUUUUGCAAAAAUGUAAAUAGACUGAGAAAUAGAAAUUAAAAGAAAUAAACAAGACUUCGAAAGAUAUAUCCAGCCGGUUCAAUUCUUGCUGUGCAACCACGUGACGGCCAUGUUGGGGGUCAAUACAAAAGAAUUUUUUCUCGAAGAAUUGACAUAAAAAUAUGAGUUCACUUCCCACCAACAUGGCCAAAAACAAAGGCCGUGACGUUAUUUGCAAACCAGCAAUAAUGGAUGAUCUGCCCCAAGAGAAAUUGAAAACAAUGCUUCUGCGAAAUUUUGGAGGGGCAACAGAGAGUAUUAUGGUAUUUUUGAAAAAGAUCCAUUACAGAAAGCUUAUUUUCCGCUUUUCUUUCUUUUUUCAACGCGCUUGUAUUUGAACUCGCAUGCCAAUGAUCGCAUAAAUUAAUUUUUAGUGAGCAAACUAGACAGGAGGCGUCUGUAGUAAAAACUUUGAUUCUCCAAAAUACGAUAAAAUUAUUGAUCCACAAAAAUAAGCUCUCGCAAAAUUUAAGUGCCACACGGUAUGUAAUUGUUAAUCAAUUAAUUAUACGCCAUUCGGGAAUUUUAUAAUUUUGGAAUAUCUCAGAGCUAAAUUUGAUUCAAUCGACGAACGGGAAUUUCUUCAGUCUCCUCUCGUGUCUCCUAUCUUAUAAUCUGCUAUAUGGUAGCACCUGCUAACUUGGCCAAAGAUGAUGACAAUUAAAAACGAUUUUUGACUUCUUGAAGAGACACAAAUCUGGAAACUAAGUCAAAAUUUCACUCUGAUCAAAACAAGAAGACAGAACCCAAGGUCGGACGCGAUUGAUCUCGUUAUAUUAUUGUUAUUAUUACUACCAUUUUCAUUGACAAAGCGCUAAACCUAGAUAUAAUGAAAAUGUCUAUAGACAAUGACGUGAGGCCGGCAUGCUAAUAUUUAAAAUAUCUUGGUUUGUUAAGAUGACCCCAGUAUACAAGUACGUAUGAUCUUUACGGAGUCAAGUCAGCCCGCUUAACUGAGGGGGCACCAUAAAGGCCAAUCUGAACAUGGCUUCCAACAACACCAGUGACUGUGAUUUUUGCAAUAGUGUUUCUUAUUGGAGGUGCCUUAAACCAAUGGAGUACGUAUAUUUUGAGCCCCCUUCCCUGCAAAAAAAAAGGGGACUGGAGUGGUCUCAACUAAAGGUGGUCGCUUGUAAGAACUGGCCUCUCGAAAAAAUUACCAUAUGGUAAUUUUGUUAAGAGUGGUCGCUUACGAGAACUUUUAGCAAAAAACUGGCAUACUUAUGUUUUCAGUUAACAACAUAUUGUGCGAAAACAAUAACAAUAUUCAGCAAAUAUAAUAAUUUUGAUUAAGAGUCACACUCCUGUGAUUCGAAGCUAAUGAACUCUCAUGUUAUGUGUUCAUAUCCUCAAUUCUUUCAGGAAGGAGGGUGGUUUAAAAUACUUUUAUGUAAGAUUAACUGCCGAAAAAAAACAUAGAGAAGAUUAGAAAACCCGAGACUGACCAGCUGGUGAUCCACAAAGGUGGUCGCCGUCGCUUUCGAAAGCUAAACUGAAUGUGGCGUCCUUAAAAUAACCAUGCAGUAUGACACAGAACCAAGAAUAGAUUGAAAAUAAUUUUCAUGGGAAGAGAGUGAUGUAAGGGGGAUUUGAUCUCUUAGUUCAUUCUCUCUUGAUAAUGUUUUACAAGAUAAUUAUUGCAAGUGGGUGGAUGAGAAGCAUCAAAGCAAAGUCUAUGUACAGGCUCCCCCACCUUUUUGUCUCCCGACCCAGGCCACGCUCGCAAUUUUCUUUUUCGCCCCGCGCCACGCGGGAGACUGUUCGCAGGCUAUUUUAUUACAGAUUCGCUAUUUGAUCAGAAUAAGACAUGACAAAAAUUGCUUUUUUACCCAGCUUACGAGAGGUUUGACUGUUAUCAACUGUUGCAUAAAAAGUUUUUGAAGGCUUUUUGAUUGUCACAGGGGAGAACGGACAGAGUUAUUCAGCUGUGAUUAUAACUCUUUAGUUAGAGCACUAAAGCCUCCUAGUUCAGUAACAAGAGACUAUACUAUACUCAUAAUGUAUCCUCCUGUAGUUAUUCCCCCGAAGGUAUGCACAGUCUUGUGUAUUUCCCCGUAGUUCCCUGAAGGUAUCCAAAGGUCCCCCUGUAGCUAUUCUUCCCCGGCGAAGGUAUUCAUAUUCAGUAUUCCCCUGUACUAGAUUUACCCCACAAUGGCAGUAAUAUUUCACAGUCUUAAUAUUUCCCGGCGCGUAAUUCCCUGAAGGUGUCCGAAGUUAUUGAGUAUGAUCUCCCCGCCAAGCUGUACCUUCGAAGGCAAUCCAUGCAUAUCGCAUUCCCCUGUAGUUUCACCAGAAGUAAUUUUCAGUGUAUAAUUCUUUCUCCCUACCAAGACCAGAUAAAACUAUGACACUAAGAUUUGACACUGGAGACAAACACUUCCCGCAAUAACAAUUUCCCGGCUUCCCUAUACAGUCAUGCACAAACUUAAACUAUUUCAUACAAAUCAGUCAACAAGGAGCACAAAUGUCCUCCUUAAAACAUGUACGUGUAUGAUAAAAUAAAUAUAAAAGAAUAAAGGCAAUGAAUAUAAAUCUAAUCAAGCAGCAAUAAGCAAUGUGACAGUUUAUAUAAAUAGAGGCGUAUAAACGAGAAUAUAUGAUAAAUAUGUCUGUGUAUAGGGCUUUACGGAAAUCUUGUUAAUUUACAUAAAACGCAACAUGUUUUCAUAUAUAAUUCAACAUAUUUGACUUAGCUGGGACAAAUAUCUCUAAUAAAUAAUUAUAUAAAAGGAAAAACAACCGACUCCAAUAAUAUACAAUGGGUCAUCACAUAUAUAUUUUAAAUACCUUUGCCUGGACCUCCUUCGACGGGGUUUACUGAAAAACACCUUUUUUUUUCUUUUCGCGUUUCUUCACUAAAAACGUUGUCCUAUACAGCUCUUUUUCGUCGCAAACUCAUUCAUCCACCCCUCCUUUCUCAAGUUGUUUUAAAAUUUCGGAAAAGGCUGAACAGCAGAAGACCAAACACAAUAUAAGACAGCGCGAAGUGUAAAAAUGCCUAAUUCAGCAAGGCAAUUAAUACAUUUGCAAUUCCACUUGGAUCACAGGGAAUGUAGGAAUGCUGCUUUUCGCAAUUUUUCAUAUGUGACAAAACACUCUAGAGACUUUCUAUACAUGAUUUCUCGUCUUAGAGCCUGUUUAUAAGGAGGAAGGGUAACCCUGGUGCUAGGAUUACUCGCACAUUUCUUCUUUCUUUACACGACGUGUUUACAAGGCAGGUAGGGUUAGGGUAACCUACCUGAGUGUUAGGGUUAUCCUACCUGCAUUGUAAAUGCUCUGCUAGGGAUAACUCGCCUACCCGGGACAACUUUCCUCCGUCAUGCGUGACCAGCUUAAAACGGAAUUAUCCAAUUUCUAAAAUUUAAUGCUAAAUUACAAAAUUUCUGAACGAUAUAAGAUAUUUUCUGCAUACGAUGAUAAUAUUUUCACGUUUUUUUUCGGAAGUUUAACAUGUUUUCCAUAGAGAACUUCAAGUUUUAUUUCAAAUCUUGCACGUUACAAGGAAUAUCACAGUAAAGGCGAUAAAGUUGACCCGGGUGAGAGAGUAACCCUACCUGUGAAAUUUGCUUGUAAACAAGAGCUAACUUUAACCCGCUUGCUGGGUAACCCAAGCACAAGAGUAACGCUUUCUCCUCGUAAACAGGCUCUUAGAAAACAUCAACAUGCAGAACAUACUGCUAUUCAAACCUCAUUUGACAUUCUUGAUCUCUCAUGAUGUUAAUUAAUGCAAGGGUUGUCAGUUCGCAACAGUCAGCCGAAGAAAAAUUCGCCCCUCCCACCAAACCCUACCUUUUCUUCAUUUAUCUCGCAAUGCUUUGAAUUAAGAGCCAAAUUAAUAUCAAUGAAUGAAUGAAUGAGAACUGUUACGUUUUGUAAUGUUUUGCACGUACUAAUUAGUUGAAUUAGUACUUAAAUUUAGACUAAUAGCUUUUCAAUACUGUAAUUCCAUUAUGGUCAUGCAAAUAAAGCAUUUGGUGUUGUUGUUGUUGUUGUUGUUGUUGUUGUUGUAGAGUGCGGUUCAGUAAAAAAAUUGAGGAACGAAAAUAAUAAAAUUGUGGAGGAGGAGGAAAGUAAAAAAAAUGAAAAGGAGAGGGGUGAGUAAAACAUUGUUUGCAGUAUAAAAAAGAGCUAGUUGGCCUUUGCCCUUAUUAAUAUGCACGAUUUGCCUGCCAAAAAUCAGUGAACCGGAACCAGGACAAUCGCAGCAGCAGAAAAUAGGACUUGCAUAAUUACGUUACGUCUCAGUGAUUUUAAGUCAGAGACAAGUUUGACUUUACUCCUCAGGCACUAUGAAUUAACCAAUGAAAACUUUUCUUAUUUUCUAACUAACCAAUAGAAAACGAAGCCUACCCGGGACAACUUUCCUCCGUCAUGCGUGACCAGCUUAAAACGGAAUUAUCCAAUUUCUAAAAAUUAAUGCUAAAUUACAAAAUUUGUGAACGAUAUAAGAUAUUUUCUGCAUACGCUGAUAAUAUUUUCACGUUUUUUUCGUAAAUUUAACAUGUUUUCCAUAGAGAACUUCAAGUUUUAUUUCAAAUCUUGGACGUUACAAGGAAAGUCACAGUAAAGGUGAUAAAGUUGACCCG